CAAGAUUUCUGUCGGAUCCGCUGUUAUUCGAGUCAUUGUCACUGAUCUGAUUAAAUUAAAGUAUAGUUAUAUACUAUAAUUGUCUGCAAAAGUUAAAACUCUUGUGUCUAUAAAAUGACUGAAGACUUGAAAAAAGUGAUGAAUGACCACAAGUCAAGACAGGAGAAGAUAUCGGACGCAGGUUUUCAAGCAAGACAUCAGGCAUUUAACCUAACUUUCAAUGAGUUUAAGACCAAACGUAAUGAAGUUAUCGAACAAAUCAACAAAUUGAAGACCGAAGAGACCCGACAUAUCAAAGAUCUCAUUGAUUUAGAUAAUAAAACCGAUGAAAGAUUGAUACAAAUGACAAAUACGGAAACUGGAAGACAAAGCGGUCACAACGUCCCUGACAUUGAACGUCACUAUCACGAUAGUAGGUCCUCAAUAGUGAACUCUUAUUAUACAGAAAUGGAGGCCGAGUUAGACCAGAGAGUUACCAAUUUUAAGGAACGCAUCAGACGUCUGGAUCUCAACUAUGGCAUGGAUUCAAUGGUCGGUUCGGGUUCUGGUAAUCAACAGCAGAUAACUGCUCUCAAGAACCGACAGAAAGAGUUGUUGGAAUUAAAGUUCAAAAAUAAUGAAGCAUUUGUUCAGCGAAUGCUAAACAUAAAGAAAGCCAUCGAAGAGAGCUAUCAAGAGAUCGAAACAAACAACAAGAAUGAGACCGAAGAGAUCGACAGAUUGUAUAAAAAGAUGCGAAACAAAGAUCAGGAGGAAAGGGAUGAGACGACUAAAAGAUUGAUUCAAAAACUUAAGAAUGACGAAGAAAAAGAUGAACAACAAAGACAAAAGAAAGAAUCAGAUGAUAGAAAACAAAAGAAAGAAUUGGAUGACAAAAAACAGAAGAAGAAGAAGAAGGAAGAAGAAGAUAAAAGAAAACCAAAAAAAGGAACUGAAGAUAAAGGAAAUAAUGAAGAAAAUUGAUGUCAUUGUCGCAGAUCUCUCACAAUAUUUGUUAUCAUAUUAUUUAAUGUCUUAAUCUAUAACUUUAUAUCUGAUUUAU